UGAUAGUAAAACAAAUGAAAAAUACCGUCAGUCAAACAAUACUAGUCCUCGAAAGCGAAAGACAAUUGAAGUGAAAAAACAAACAUUUUUUAACUAAAAAUCGGUGUUAAAGAGACCGGAAAUGCAUAUUUCUUAUAUGAAAAUAGCCAUUUAUGCUCUGACAUUUUUAACGUACGCCUACUCCGGUUAUGGUUCCAGUACUAUUGCUCAUCUACGCGAUGCCAUCAUAGCGGCAGAAGCCAUAUUCGGUGAUGUCUUUAAGAACCUUAUUACAGUGCUUAAAAAAUUCCACACCGUACAAGAAGUUUUCGAUGCAGCGGUGGAGGAACAAUGUAUAUUUAAAUGUCCAACCUUAAACGGUGGACCAGAAAUUCGACCUGUCCAAAAUAAACUUUAUACUCCAACAGCAGAUGGUUGUGGUUCUUUAGGUUUACGCAUCAGUACAGAAUAUUUGCCCGCUGUUGAAAUGGAAACAUGCUGUAAUGAGCACGACAUUUGCUACGAUACAUGCAACAGUGACAAGGAAUUAUGUGAUCUGGACUUUAAACGUUGCCUUUAUAAAUACUGCGAUAGUUAUGAAAAAUCUAUUGCUAGUGAUCUUAUGAUGAAAGGUUGUAAAGCAGCGGCCAAAAUGCUUUUUACAGGCACAUUAACUUUAGGCUGUAAAUCCUAUUUGGACUCUCAGCAAAGGACAUGCUAUUGUCCACCACCGAAACCACAACGAGACGAUAAAAAUAAUUACUAUAAAAAUAAUGAAGGUGAUAAAUACUACAAAGGGAAAAAACAAAAGUAUGGCUGGAAGGCUUCUAAUGAAAUUUAGUCUAUAUUAUGGAGCCAAGAAAUAUUUAAAUAGUAUUUUAUAUAGACAAUUUAUGUAUGAAGAGAAUUUAUUGUUAUUUUUAGUUGAAUAAUUUAUUUAUUGUUUGCAAAUCAAUUUUGUAUUUAUGUUAAAUGUUAACGAAUUUGUAUAUUAUAUUUAUAUUUACGGAAAUAACACCAAAGUUUUUACAAUUU